AUGCCUUCGGUGCCUUUACGAGGAGGUCCUUCCUCUCGUCCUGGCCCUUCGGCCUCACGCUUAAUGCCUACGCCUACAUACUCGGGCGGAAAGGUCGUUGCGCUGCACAAGAGGGGCAUCGGUCGCCCAGCUGGUCAACAGAGCACUGGUGGCAAAACAGUCCUUGGUGGCAAACGACACCGCAAGGUCUUGCGUGAUUGUAUACAUGGCUAUGUCUAUUCACUUACCCUGAAUACCAAAGAUGUACAUACUGACCGUGUCAUUCCAGCCAAGCCCGCUAUCCGACGACUCGCCCGCCGUGGUGGUGUGAAGCGUAUCUCUGCUACUAUCUAUGCUGAUAUUCGAGCUGCGCUCAAAGCCCGCCUUGAAAGUAUUCUCCAAGAUUGUGUCAUCUAUGUCGAGUACAGAAACGCCAAGACUGUCACAGUUCACGACGUCAUCCACAGCUUGAGCCGCAUGGGACGCCCUCUCUGGGGUUUCGACCCUGAUACCUACAGCCCCAAGAAGCAGUAG